AUGAGAGGAAAUUCGGUGGUGGACGUGGCCGAGAUCGCCAUCGGCACCCAGCAGGCCGUGCAGCAGCAGCUGGGCAAUCUCACCGAGCGCAUCGCCGAGCUGGGCCGCAACGUCAGCCGGCGCGAGCCCGCCGACGAUCCCGACAUGCGGCUGGCCCUGCUCAGCGACUCGUUCUACCGCUUCGCCAACAACUCGCGCCAGCAGCUGCGCCAGGGCUUCACCGUCAGCGGCGAGUACGUCAUCCGGCCGGAGCUGGGCCGCGCCCGGCUCGUCUCCGUCUACUGCGACAUGGCGACGCAUGAGGACUUCUUCCGCGACUGGAACGACUACCAGCGCGGCUUCGGAAACCGCAGCGCCGAGUUCUGGCUCGGCAACGAGCUGAUCCACCAGCUGACGCGCGACCGGCGGGUCACACUGCGGCUCGACAUGUCCGACCUGGACGGCGAGCGGCGCUACGCCGAGUACGCCGGCUUCGCCGUGGCGCCCGGCAGUGAUCAGUACCGGCUGACGGUCGGCGCGUACACGGGCACGGCCGGCGACGGCCUGAGCAGCGCCAACGGCGUCGGCUUCACCACCCGCGACACCGACAACGACCUGUACGGCGCCGGCAACUGCGCCGAGCUCUAUAAGGGCGGCUGGUGGUACGAUGCCUGCCACAACGGCAACCCCAACGGCCUGUACCUGCGCGGGCCGCACGGCAGCUACGCGGACGGCAUCGACUGGCGCUUCUGGCGCGGCUUCCACUACUCCCUCGCUACCAUGGAGAUCAAGAUCCGGCCGACUGGCUUCAGGCCCACACAACUGCGUUGA